GCCGUUUCCUGGCGGAGGGGCGGCCCGGCCGUGCCCAGGCAGGCGGUGAUGGGGAGCUGCGGGGCGCGGCGAGGGUCCGCCUGCCUCUGGCUGGCGCUGGCGCUGGCGCUGGCGUGGGGCGGCCCCCGGGGCCCGUGGGUGCUGGCGGCGGAGGGGGAGGCGGGCGCUGAGAGGCCGUGCGGGGCCGAGGGGUGGCCGCAGGCCACCGGCCCCACGGGCCCGGCCUUCGUGGCCGCGGCGUCGUACCGCGGCCCGGGCAACAACGACACGCGGGGCAACAAGGCGCUGCCCAUCGUGCUGUGGUGGAGCGGCAGCCUCUUCCCGCACUUCCCCGGGGAGACUGAGCGCAUCGACUGCCCGCGGGGCUCCUGCUUGGCCACCCGCAGCCGCCGGGUGGCGCGGCACCGCCGCACCAAGGCGCUCAUCUUCUACGGCACCGACUUCAGGGCCUACGAGGCGCCGCUGCCCCGCCUGCCCCACCAGACGUGGGCCCUCUUCCACGAGGAGUCCCCCAUGAACAACUACCUCCUCUCGCACUCGCCCGGUAUCCAGCUCUUCAACUACACGGCCACCUUCCGCAGGGAGUCCGACUACCCGCUCACGCUGCAGUGGCUGCCCAGCGUCGGCUACCUGCAGGGCCCGCCGGUGGCCCUGGCUGAGAAGGACACGUGGCGGCGGCGGGGCUACGGGCCGGUGCUGUACAUGCAGUCCCACUGCGACGUGCCCUCGGACAGGGACCGCUAUGUGCGGGAGCUCAUGAAGUACAUCCAGGUUGACUCUUAUGGGAAGUGCCUGCAUAACCGUGAGCUUCCCAGUGAGCGACUGAAAGACACUUCUACAGCCACUACAGAAGAUUCCGAAUUCAUGGCUUUUAUUGCCAGGUACAAGUUUCACCUGGCCUUGGAGAAUGCCAUAUGUAAUGACUACAUGACAGAAAAGCUGUGGCGUCCAAUGCAUUUGGGAGCUGUCCCAAUAUAUCGAGGCUCCCCGGCUGUACGGGACUGGAUGCCAAACAACCUCUCCAUCAUUCUUAUAGAUGACUUUGAAAGCCCUCAAGAGCUGGCUAAGUAUCUUCAUUUCCUGGAUGAGAAUGGAGAGGAAUACAUGAAGUAUCUAGAGUAUAAAAACCCUGGAGGAAUCAAAAACCAGUUCUUGUUAGAGACGUUGGAGAGGCGGGAGUGGGGUGUGAAUGACAUGACUUUGCCCAACUACCUGAACGGCUUCGAGUGUUUCAUCUGUGACAGGGAGAACGCCCGGAUUAAAGAGGAACAGGAACACAAAAAGUAUCGUGGGAAAGUUCCAGCUCCUAGACCUCAUGUAGCCCAUUUCCAGCACAUGGGAUGCCCUAUGCCAACCCCUGGGUUUGGAAGUGUUGAAGACCUCUCUGGAGGAGACAGUUGGAAAGAGAUGUGGCUGCAGGAUUAUUGGCAAAGCCUGGAUCAGGGUGAGGCCCUCACUGCUAUGAUUCAUCGCAAUGAGUCGCAUCAGGGAAGAUUUUGGGAUUAUAUGCAUGAGAUUUUUCUCAAGAGGACCAGGCAACACUGACCCACCUUUGUAAGAGCUUGAUCUGAAAAUUACAUUGAAAGUUGAGACUGAGAAUUCUUACUUCGCUCCAAAUGUUUGCCUUGAAGUAGGAGAAAAGCCUCCUGCAGACACUAUUUUUCUGGUGCAUGAAGUGAGUAGUUCGCUGUAGUCAUCGGAUUUCAUCUCUGGAGAUGUUAGCAACUGCUUUUAUUUGAAUUUCAGCUUGGUGGUGUGAAGGUGCUCUUGAUGUACAGGUGUCAACAUAAGAGGCAAAAGAAGAAUUUACUCUCAUUUGUGUUUGGUAUAGUUUGUGGCUUCUGUGACUAUGGAGGAACAUGUUUUCAGACUCUGCUCAAAUACCCUAACUUAUUUCAGGGACUUUUUUAUAUCCAAAAUACUCAUAUUUUUUUAAUAAAUAUUUCACCACUUACUCUCCUCAGUAAAGGUGUACUAUUACCUGCUAUUAACAAAUACCUUUUCUAUUGAAGGAAUUAUGAAAGACUGAUGUCCUUGGAGAGCAGCUGUGCCUCAUGAAAUUGCAGCAAUAGUCUUUUCUCUCCAAGUAAAUGUGCCUCAAAUGUUCCUACUUUUUCAGGGUAACUGGAUACCUACAGGCAGGUCACUUUCUCUCUGAUAAUUUCGCUAAUUUUCCUAUUUUGCUAACUUUCCAGGUGACACAAAUGGGAUGAGAGACUAAAUUAAUUAUUUAACUCACAACUUUCAACCAAGUAUUUGAAAGGUAUUGUGCAGAACCACAGUAGAAUUAGUAUGCUUUGAUUCUUUUAAGUUUCCAUAAAAUCUGAAAUCCCAGCUAUAAUCUUGACUUCUUGUUCUCUCCUUAAUGCCAGCAAUUCGGGGGCCUUUGAUUCGUUCUUUUUCGGUAUCUGCAGCUUUCUGCAAAGACAAAAACAUCUUAAUGAUAGUGCCUUUCCAGUAGUCUCUACAGUCUGGAUACAAACCAUGCAGUCUUCCUGUGCUAAGGUGGAUGAUCAGAAUCAAGAGCAGUGAGAUUGUUUUUGUAUCUAUACUUAAUCUUAAAACAUUAUGAUCCUGGCCUAUGACUGGAAUUCCUAAAAGUAAGUGAUGACACGUAAAUCUUCUUUGCUGCAUAGCCUGUAUCUCUUACAAAAAUAAAUAAAAUCCCCUGUUCCCUGGCAUGCUGGUACCUUUCUGAAAAAAAUUGAUUUUGCAUUGAAGUGAGACUAGUUGCCUUAGUGUGAGGGGUUUCAAAUCACAGGUCACACUGCAGUGAUGUUUCUAAUGAUACAAUAGUAUUUUUUUCCCAUUUCUCCUUCCUCCUCAGAAGUAACUACUGACUAAAUAGCCAGAGUUUAUCCAUGCCUAUGUUAGAAUUUUGGUAACGAAAAGUGUAGAAUCCAUGGUGUUAUUUUAUUUUGUAAGGUAGUUCAUGCAUUGCUAGGGCAAGCCUGAAGCCUAUUAGUAAAAGUAGAGAACCAGGCUGCAUCCACAUUCUGUCCCUAAUUAAGUCAUUAUCUGCUGCUUAUCUGUGUAUGGAUCACUUAAUCUCAUUUUUUUCUCAAAUUCAUAAUAUUCUAGGUAUAGAUACAAUACUAGCAUAGGUAAUGACAUACAUCCCAGUGUGUGCUUCUCAGGUGAUACCACAAUGUUGCAUUGUUAAAAUGUGGGCACUGGGACAGAGCAGACCUACAACUAUUGCUGCAUUCAUGUGGAUGUGGAAAAUGCAUGACUUUUGUAUAAAAUGUGCACCUGACUUUUUUGUAUAGAAUAAGGAGAAAUUUGCUUUUUUUUUUUUAAAUCUCCCUUCUAUAAUAGUAAGAAAUGUCUCUUCAGCCAAAAUGCCUUCACCAGUUUAUAUUCCUUUUUCCAGGUAUUCAGGGUAUAGGAAUACUUAAGUGAAUAUAUCUGAAUUAAUUUUUAAAGUAGAUUACUCAAAUCAGAUUAAGAUUAUAGAUAGGUGUAUUCAGGAUUAAAGUGGUCACAGGGCUUGAGAAGUAAAUUAAGAUAGAACAAGUUAAGGCUGCUUUAGUUCUGAACAGGAAUUUCUACUGAACAGCUUAAUGAGAUCUAAAUAAAUUGUUUGAAUUUGUCUUGAGUUACUUCAGAUUCUCUUUGUUUCACAUAUCUGUAUAGAAAAUCAUUCAGGUCCCUUUGACUGUCUUUUUAAUUAGCUAUAUCUCAAAACCCUUUCUUAUCCAAGUUUUGUUGAGAUAGGCAGGAGGAGAAAUUCUGAUCUUGCUUUUUGUAAUAAACAUAAAAAUAACAUCCAGGUACUAGCACAUUCUGCUUUUUGCUAUUUUAUCCAAUAAUUUAAGCAGAUUUUCUGGAAGUGGGGGAUGAACAACCAAGUCCAGUUUGUUCUUAAAUUUUUUUUUUCUGCUGUUACCAGAAUUAGACAUAAUGAAUUUAAUGUGUUGUCCUUGCAGGACUAGCAGGAGUAGGUAUCAAUAGCAACCAUCUGUGUAUCAUAGCACUUGUUUAGUUCUUGAUUAACGAGGUCCUAUACCCUCACUUCACCUUUCUUCACAGCAAAAUGAGCAUAUUAUUAUCAACUAACAAUAGAAUUGAAGAUACGGUGUGCAAACUUAAGAGUAGCUAGCAACCUGGAUAAAAAUCAGAGGCUCUUUGAGACUCUUAUUCAUGAAUUAGUUCAAAACCUUCACCACCAGUAUUCCUUCACCACUGUUUAUUAUCUGUAUUCAGUGUAUUGUAUCCCCCAGUCCAACAAGCUUGUUUCUUUGUUCUACAGUCUUUUUUCCACUGUAUGUAUAUACUACAGAAGGCUGUUGCUUUGAGCUUUGUGACUGUUGCCAAACAUGAGUAUUUCUAAUUGCAACAUUCCUUCCUAAUGCUGUUAUAAAAGUAACACAGAUAUGAAACUAACUUUGUCACAAAUGUUUAUUUAUAUUUUGUCUAAAGCUUUCAAAAUGCCACUUAUAACUUGUUAGUCAGUCACAAGCCAACUUCAACAGCUUUCUCUUCUGAGUUCUUAAUCACCAUCUUCAUAGAUUUAACUGUUUUUGCAGUCUCACAAUUGGUGAACUUCCCAGAAGGUAAUGAAUAUCAGGUACCAAUCUACAGCAGUGACAUUCACCCAAACUGUGUUUCUCUUGUACCUGCAGAGUUUUUACUGAAAUAAUAGAUCGUACUACCUGUAUCUUCGCCUAUAUGUCACAAUUAAUGUUUGUGAUUUAUGAAGUGUUUUUUUGUGUAUGCUAGUGUACUAAAUGCAUUUUACUUGUUUUAAGUGGUGGACAAGUAUUAAGGUUAAAAUGCUUCUUCCAGUUUGUAGUAUGAAUAACUUCUGUACCUGCCAGGGAAACCCUUCUGUGGCAGGAGAAGCGCUAAUCUUCCCAGCUGGCUAAAGAGUUGUGGUUGCAGUUCUUUUCCGGGGUGCUGACUGACCUUCACAACCUUUGCUUCUCUGGACAUCAAGGACUACAAAAUGUUGAAUAAUGGUAGUUCUUCCCACCAGGACUCUGCUUUCAUCUCUCUCUUUUUUUUUUUUGGAGGAAGCAGAAGGAGAAGCUGGGUUUCAUAGCCUUGAAGGGCAUAUGCAUUUUGUUACUGUCCACUUUGCUUGUAGCUUACACCAGUACUGUAAUAAGAAUAUACACUACCUUACAAAUACUCCCUUAUAAGUGCAAUAUUUGUAACUGUUUUAUAACCUUAGAUUCUAAUUUUGAUAUAAUUUCUUCUGUUUUUUUUUCUUCUUUCUAUCUUGUCAAAGCAUUCUUUCUGAGAAUGCAUGUCUUUAAGACUGAAUUCUAUCAGGAAUAAAGAAUUUGAGAUUGAUUUACAUAAUCAUUCAUUUGAAAGGAUUGCUCUGUAACAUUCAGAGACUACUGCCAGCGUUAGCUGAAGUGAAUUCAGUUUAUGAUCCUAAUCGUCUUUCUACUAAUGCAAAUACCUGGAUUCGGUAAAGGAGGAAGGUCACUGCAGCAACUAUUAAUAUUUUGGAGAAAGGUGCCCGUAUUUAUGAAAACACAACUGAGACUAAUCAGGAAUUUUAGCAAAGGUAUCAAAUACUAAGGUGACAAAGAGAUUACCCUUGUAAACCCAUUGGCAAGCCUCUACCAACCAGGAAAAGACCAAUCUAAUACUGAAGUGGCUCAACUAGAGAUGGCUUGGGGGAUCUUGGAAUGGAUCAAAGCAGACCAUGACACUUAAAGACAUCUCUGAGCAAAUAAGGAGACAUCAGAGGCAACGUGCAUUACAGAGAUGUCAGUAAUGAUGGCCUGCUGGAAGCAGAAUGACUUCAAUGAUAUAGCUUGCGCCAAGGAGAUCCAGAUGUUUUAUGACUGUGUGGCAAGGGCAGAAAAGGAGCGCAGGGAGAAAGAGGAUGAGGAGACACUGUCGCCCCAGAGAAACUUAACUUCAAGCAAAGUGAACAAGCUCCUGAGGAGGUUUCCUAAUAUUACACGUUAUGUAUAACGUGCUUUGUUAAAGGGACCGCAGACAAGCAAUUAAAGUUGGGGUCUUCAGAAAAUAAGUGAAAAAUACAGUUCUGUGAGUGUUUGAUGCCAAGUGCUAUGUCAGCACUGCUGUGUCGAUCUCGACAGCAUCUUUGUUUCCAGGCUGGAAGAACAGCCUUCUUGACCAUUGGCUGAGUUUGUUGGAAUGAAGUUCUUGGGUCUUGCAGUCUUAAGGAUUUGUGCAGUGAGUUGUCCAACCAGCAGCAGUGUGGAGGCAGGUGCUCACUGUGAAAUAAAAUCUUCUAGGAAUGUGUGUAAACAUAUUUUCUCAGUUAAGGGGUGAUCUCUCUUUGUAUAUACAUUUUUUGCCUAACUUAGGAGCUGCUAUCAGUAAGUGUUCAGGCCCAGAGAUUUGGCCAACUUAAAAUGGAUAGUAACACCGUGAUUCAUAUUCAUACUUGUAUUUAUACACAAUUUGGUUCUUCUUGAAAUUUUUUGAAUUCCUGCUGAUGUACAAGAAGGCUGCAGAAUGAGAAAGAAAUCUUCACCAAAAUACCUUGCUAAUACACAAUACAUUGGUAAGGAUGAAAUAUAGCUUUAAUAUAGAAGCUUGUGAUUUAGACCCUAUGAUUUGCAGGUACAGUGUCAUGUACAUUGAUUAUGUUGUCUGUACUGUAAUAAAAUAAUAAAAGACUGUUGGUUGUUGUGGGUCUACAGCAAAA